AUGUUUCGUCAGAUACUAGUGCGAGAAGAAGAUAGGAACUUUCAGCGAAUCCUCUGGAGAGAGGACAAGAACAUGCCUGUAAAAGAAUACACCCUCAACACAGUGACUUACGGAACAGGACCGGCAACCUAUCUCUCAGUACGAUGUCUACAAGAGCUCGCAAAUCAAGAAGAACUCAAUUUCCCCAAAGCUUCAAAAACACUACGAGAAGACUUCUACGUAGAUGAUCUGAUGACUGAUGCUAAAACUAUUAAUGAAGCUCGCCAAUUGCAAAAAGACCUGAUCAACCUUCUUGCGAAAGGAGGCUUCAACCUGAGAAAAUGGGUAUCAAACACAGCAGAACUUACGGCACAUCUCCAACCAGAUCAAAGAGCAAUUCCUGAAAACAUCCAAAUUGGUACUGACGAGCAUAUCAAAGCACUGGGAAUAGAAUGGAAUCAACGAACAGACGAAUUCACGUUCAGUCUCAAUCCACGUGAUUACCAUGGAAUUACGAAAAGGCAACUCCUACCAAGCAUUGCAUCAAUCUUCGACCCCAUCGGUUGGCUAGCACCGAUCACAGUUCGAGCAAAGAUCCUCAUGCAAGAACUCUGGAAUCAGGAGCUAAAUUGGGAUGACCCCACACCAUCAGACACACAAAAAGAAUGGUCAUCACUCAUGAUAGAGCUCCGACAGUUGGAUUCAGUGAGAAUACCCAGAUGGAUACACACUAACAACACUACACAACUGCAUGGAUUCUGUGACGCGUCACAAAAAGCAUACGCAGCAGUAGUCUACACAAGAUCAGUCGAUGAACAAGGACGCGUUCAUAUACAUCUUAUUGCAGCCAAAACAAAGGUGGCUCCACUCAAAAACAAGGUAACAUUACCAAGAUUGGAACUAAAUGCAGCAGUCUUGCUAGCAAACCUCCUGCACAAUGUACUGGAAGCACUGCAAAUCAAUAAACCUGAAGUAUAUGCAUGGAGUGACUCAGAAAUCACGCUAGCAUGGAUCGCCAAACCACCAACCACCUGGGAAACCUACAUUGCGAACAGAGUAUCAAAGGUACAAAAUCUCAUACCGCAAGCAAAUUGGAAUCACGUAAGAAGUGCAGAAAAUCCAGCUGAUGCAGCAUCAAGAGGAAUAAAAGCUGAAAAACUGCUUAACGACAAACAAUGGUGGAACGGUCCCACAUGGUUGAAGAAAAACAAACAGCACUGGCCCAUAGAAAUCGUCGAUGAACAUUAUCAAGCCUUUAUGGCGCAAAUAAAACAAGCUCAAAACACAAUCUUCACCUUAGAUGACUUCAAAACCGCAGAAGUAACGGCGUUAAUUAUAGAGACACCUCGCAAGAAGGAAGAACCACAAUCAGAGGACGAGAACAUUACAAGAUUCUCUUCCCUUACUCACUUAAUCAGAGUUACAGCACUGCUUAAACGCUUCUUCAACAAUCUAAAGAACAAAGCGAUGAAGAAAACCGGCAAAAUAAGUGAUGAAGAAUACAAAGAAGCAAAAACAACAUUAAUUCGCAGAAUCCAAGAAACACACUUCAAAAGGGAAAUAAACUGCCUUCAAAAGAAUCAACCAAUUCCCUCAAACAGCAAAAUUCUUUCACUCUCACCGUUCCUCGAACUACGAGUAGGACUACGAGUAGGAGGUAGACUGCAACACUCCAACCUCGACUAUGAUGCCAAGCAUCAAAUUAUUCUACCCAAGAAUUCGCAUUUCACAAAGUUGAUAAUCCAGUACACUCACGAUAUUACAUUACACGGAGGAACACAGCUUAUGUUAAACACACUCAGACAAGAAUACUGGAUUAUUUAUGCUAAAAGUGGCAUUAACAAAAUCAUUCACAAAUGCCUUGCCUGCUUCAAACAAAAAGCAACACAGCACAAUCAACUGAUGGGAAACCUCCCCGAUCAUCGAGUAAGACCAAGCGCACCAUUCACAACCACGGGUAUUGACUAUGCUGGUCCGUUCUCCACAAAAUGCUCAAAAACCAGAGGAAUCAAAACGUACAAAGGAUACAUCGCUUUAUUCGUUUGUCUGGCCACAAAAGCAACUCAUCUCGAAUAUGUGAGCGAUUUAUCAACAGAAGCCUUCUUGGCAGCUCUGAAGAGAUUCAUCGCAAGAAGAGGAAAACCAUAA